CAUUCAUUCGCACUACACUGCUGAUGCUCUGGAGAGUAAGGAUGCUCAAACUUCCCAACGCACCCUCCUUUUCAACUCGGGAUCUUUUUAAUGAAAUGCUGGGUGGGAGCCAAGUACAUGUAGACUAACUGUUCUGGACGGACCAGAUUUCAUGAGAGAGAAGCACUCUUCUGAAGGAAGUUGAAGCUGUCUUGGUUGGUGCAGUUUUUCAUUUUUCAUAAGCUGAACUUAUUUUUGGAUCCUCAGCUGGAGGUUACACGAGCUGCACAAUUGGUUCCCUUGGGUGAGAGCUCUUCUAUUUCUACAUUAUUAUAAAUAACAGGAGAUGUGAGUUGAGAAAUAUCAUCUGGCAAUAGAUGACCAGUUGUAUUAGUGGGAGAAGGCGAACAGUCUCACUGUGUCAUUUCGAUAUACAUUUAUACUUUCACAAACACUCUGCAGGUCCUCAGAGAUGCUGUACUUAACACAAUGGACUGUGAACGUCUGUUAAAGAGUGUGCAGGUUAUGUUCCUCUUGACUUUUUGCUCACUAAAGAGAAAUCAAAAACUUUUGUAUAUUCGUUUUUGCAUUUUUUGAAGUGUGCAACGCCAAAAUGGCCCUGACUGAAAAUUGCAGGACUUAUCAAACGCCCAAGGACAGUGGAUGUGCUCAGAGUUGCUCUUCUGAUGUGAUUGAGCUCAAUGUAGGUGGACAGGUGUAUUACACACGCCAUGCCACCCUAACCAGCGUGCCCAACUCUCUGCUGGGGAAAUUAUUUUCCACUAAAAAGGACAUUUCCAACGACCUCGCGCAGGACAUCAAGGGACGCUACUUCAUUGACAGGGACGGAUUUCUGUUUCGUUAUGUUUUGGACUAUCUCCGCGAUAAGAACGUCGUCCUGCCGGAUUAUUUCCCGGAGAAGGGAAGGCUGAAACGGGAGGCUGAGUUCUUCCAGCUACCCGAGCUCGUCAAAAUCCUGACACCAGAUGAUUACAUCAAUGAUUUUGACGAAGCAUCCCAGGGAAGCGAUCAGAGACUGUUCCCUGCAUCUUACCUGGACACGCGCGAUAGGUGCUACGGCUUCAUCACGGUGGGAUACAAGAGCUCGUGCGCCCUCGGGAGGGACGCUGAUCCAAAAGCUCGAGGAAUACCCAAAAUCUUUAUUUGCGGAAGGGUCGGUCUGGCCAAAGAAGUUUUUGGGGACACGUUAAACGAGAACCGGGAUCCUGACAGGGCACCUGAGCGAUACACUUCUCAGUUUUCCCUGAAGUUUCGCCACCUCGAGCGAGCGUUUGAUAUGCUCGCGGAGAGCGGAUUCCACAUCGUCGCGUGCAAUUCAUCACUCACCACAUCUCCUCACAACAGACAUACCGAUGACAGAAACUGGGCCAACAACACGGAGUAUGUCUUCUACCGUGGCCCAUCCGGAUGGUCUUCUUCUCACUGCGACUGCUGCUGCAAGAGUCACAAGAGCGAGCGCGAGGGUGAGAGCGGCACUUCCUUAAAUGAGCUCUCCACUUCCUGUUCCGAGACCCAAUCAGAAGCCAGCUCUCCCCAGGAAACGGUCAUUGUGCGUCCGGUCGCCCGCCAGCCCAACAUCCAGACUUUGGACCGGCCGGUGAAAAAGGGUCCGACCCCGAUCCCCAGGAGAACUGACCUGCUUCGUGUGCGGACCACGGGGCCACGUGACGCCAUGGCGGGGAAGAGGAAACCGGCCAAGGAGAAGAUGACCCCAGAGCAGGAGCUGGAGAAAUGCAUCCAAGACUUCAGAAGGAUUCAAAUUCCAGUGCGCUUCCCGGAGAGGAAGAACAUGUGGCAGUCCGAGCUCUUGAAAAAAUAUCAGCUCUGAAACGAUUUCCUGCAGGCUCACUGAGCCUAUUAGUGUGCAACACAACAAAGCUCUCAGCGCAUAAGAUGACAUCAUAAGUCUUCUUUGCUCUGGCUUAAUUGGCUCAUCUGUGUAAUCAUGCAGCAAGAUACACAAUUAACAAUUCAGUGAACCUCAAGUGACUCCUAAAGGGACCAGUCCUGUUUUUCUACCAAGCACAAUGACAUUAGACCAAUUUCACAGCAUCUAUUCUAGACAAACCCAAUAAAAAAACAGAUUGUGUAUAUACAAAAGAAUCACAAGUGUGUAUCACCUGUUAAUGGGAUAGUUCAUCCAAAAAUGAAAAUUAGCCUAUGAUUUACUCACCCUCAAGUCAUCCUAGGUGUAUCGGCGUUCUUCUUUCAGACGGAUACAAUCAGAGUUAUGUUGAAAAAUGUCUUGGCUCUUCCAAGCUUUAUAAUGACAGUGAAUGGCUGUUUCUGUUUUGAAGUCCAUCCAUCAUAAAAGUAAUCCACACAAGUGACUUCUGUGUGAGUUGUGCUUAAUACAUCUACUGUAUAUCCAAAUAACAAUGGACCUUUUUAUCCCCACACAAAAUUUCGCACCUUAAGACAGCACAAGUGAGUAUGUUCCUGCGGUAGACGGAUGACAAUGCAUGUUAUUUCACUCAUACAGAGUAAUGGCUCAUAUCAAUGCAUUUAAUUUGUGAUGUGAUCUACAUUAUUCACCUACAGUAUUAUUCACCAUUCAUCCAAACCCAGCUGAAAUACAUCACGGGGAUCGGACUGAAAUAUUAGGCUGUUUCUGUUUGUCCUUGUGAACAUUUGUGCUGAGAUUUUGAUUUCGCUUGUAGGUAGGCCUAUAUGAGGAUUUUUUUGUUUUGUUUUGAAUGUGCAAUUAAUCAUUAAAUGAACUGGUUCAAAAUACAAUUUGUUCAUUUCAGUUGUUAUAAUCCAUUAGAGUAGGAGUAGCAUUUAAAAAGGAUCCUUGACAGACUAAUCAAGGGCUGCUUGUUUCUUGUAUAUGUAUGCAAAAUCAGAUCAAAGAUGCGAGAAGGUUGUCUCUUCACGAAUGUGGCAGAUGACCUUAACCUUCUCUCCGAAUUUAACAGAUUAUGAGCUUUGCUGAAUCUAAUACUAAACCGCCGACAAAUCUCUUUGCAACACCUUCCAGCUGUAAUUCUGCUUUCUGCUGCGUGAUAUAUUAGUUUUCUCUUUUUCUGUCACUGUGACAGAAAAUUGUUAAUAUAAAACAUGCAUCACAAAUACCAUUUUUAACUGACUAUUUUUAGCUAUAAGAUUCUGCAGUGUUGCUACAUUUCAUCUGCAACAGAGAUGCUUUGGGACAGAAGCAUGAUAGACUAGGAGAAGUGUAUGAACUUAAUCACAAAUCUGCUGGAAAGCAUCUUGUAAAGGUGACACUAAUGUGUUUCAAAUGUACUAUCAUUCAGAUGUUGGAAUACAAGUUCUUUAUGCUGAAGAAACGCACUGCAAAUCUAGCCUGGAAGUUUAGAUGUGUGGGGUUUUUUGCAACAUUUUUGUGUUGUGCUAUUAUCAUGUUGUGAAUAUUUGUAAUCUAAUUCAUAUGUAUAGUUUCUUGACAAAUAUUUUUGGAGGGAUAUUCAGUGUAGGCUAGCUCUAUUUAAAUGUUUUCCAAGCAAAACAUCAAAACCCAGCGUGCAUACUAAUAUACAACUUCAAGACUCAUUUAAUUGAUUUUGCAGUUUAAAUAUUUCAAUCAGCAUCAAAGACAUUCGUCAUCUUCCUUUUCUUUUGAUCCAGCUUCAGUCUUGUCUAUAUGUGCCCCAUGUUCAAAAACCAAAAUGACCCCUCCAUCUAUUCCCUGUGUCCAUAUAAUAUACUCCCAAACAGAUCAAUGAAAGGGCAUGGGAAGGAUCCGAAAUGUGGUCCUGUGCUCUGACACACCGCUUUCUUUGAGAAUCAAUAGUAGAACCUCCUAAGGGAAGUUCAGUGUGAGUAACAUCCCCUGGUCAGAGGAAGAGCAGAUGACCACUGAACCAAUCCUUGCUUUAUUUCAUCAAACUGUUCUUAGAAAGUUAAGUUGAGAAGCAUAAAGGAUUUCUGUAAAGACAUUGUGCUAUUAUUGAAUUAGUAUUAAAAUAUGAAGUAAAUGUUACAGUUUGUACAUGAUUAUGGGUUACAUGAGAUCUAAUAUAA